ACAAACAGAGUGAAAGAAGGGAGAGCUCAGGAGAAAACGGGGGAGGAAUUUACUUAUUUACAUCACCGACAAAACCUCGGGAGGAAGACAAACUCCUUUUCGAACAGUUCCUGUUCCUUAACCGACGUUCAUCGACCGGUUAGGUUUUAAAAGCCUUCAAGCAAUGGCCCAAGAGACAAACCAGAGUCCCGUGCCUAUACUGUGUACCACUGGCUGUGGUUUCUAUGGCAACCCCAGGACCAAUGGUAUGUGCUCGGUGUGCUAUAAGGAGCACCUGAACAGACAGCAAAGCAGUGAUCGUAGUCCCAUGAGCCCCCUGGCUGGCAGCCCCUCAGCAGAGGCCGCCGCCAUACAGAGACUAGAAGCCAGCAUAAACAAAGCAGAGCCUUCACCUGCACCCAGCACAGAUACCAUGAGAGAUUUUUCUCUCUCCAUUCUUCCCACAGUCAUAACACAGCCCACCUCCUCCUACUCCCCCAUCCCUGUGGCUCAGAGCAGCGACGAGGGCAAGAGCCCAGAUUCCUCCAAACCGAAGAAAAAUAGAUGCUUUACCUGCCGUAAAAGGGUUGGCCUAACAGGUUUCGACUGUCGAUGUGGUAAUCUGUUCUGUGGAAUUCACCGGUACUCAGACAAGCACAACUGCACGUACGACUACAAGGCGGAAGCCGCUUCUAAGAUCCGUAAGGAGAAUCCCGUAGUGGUGGCCGAUAAGAUCCAGAGAAUAUAAGCUUUACCCUCUUUCUCCGAGCUUUCUCCGAGAACACUGGUGGAUAAAAUGGACGACUUGGAAAAACGGACUUGUUUUUCUAUCACCUUAAGAAGAAAACGAGAGAACUGUACCGUCUGAGGCUCAUGCAUGAACGAUCUUGACAGAUUUUGGUUUUCUAAUAGGUAUUAAUUUUUUUCUGUUUUGUUUCCUCUCCUCUCUGUGGUGUUUUAUGCUAGGUCUUCUUGCAUAUUCUUUUGUUUCCUAAAGCAUAGGACACCUUUCAGGAAAUUGAGCUUUUAUUAUUGUUUUUUGAUUUGCCUGUUCCCGCCCUCAAGCAAUGGGAGUGGCAGAUACUCUGUGCCAAAACGUGGCCGUGUAGUUUCUGAGUAAGUAGUGUUCAGCCUUUGACUUAUGACUCUGGAUUUUUAAGAGGUGUGUCAAAGCUCUACCUGAUGAUGUGUGCAGCAUGAAUUGAUCUGUUAAUUUUCAGUUUGUCAUUACAGUCUGUUCUAGCAAAUCAGUUGGAAUUUGAGGCCGGCCAGUCGUUAAAACCAUUUAUUUAGCAUUAUUUUAGAAUGUGAACUUGCUACUGUGACAUCAUGUUUUUGAAUGAAAGGUUGAGAUUCAUCAGAAGUCUUCCCCACAUUCUGAAACCAAUAACCUUCAUUCUGCGUUUUAGAGUGUCAGAUGUCAGGGAGUUUUGUAUUUGUUAAUUACGUGUGACUUUUUGAUAAGACUGUAAGGUGGUACGGUCUGUUUCCGUGUGAGCGUAUUUGUGCGCAUGGGGGAAAUUUGCGCACAAGACCUUCUUCCUGUUGUCGAAGCGAGAUGAGCUAACUCUACUUAGACAGCACAUUCAUAACACUGCAAUAGUGUACGCAUAAAGUCAGACCUGAGUCUGUGAAACUUCUUGUUUUUUUUAAAAUGCACCUACAAUGCACCUGUCAUUUUUGUGUUUGUCAGCAUAUGUUAAUGUGAGCGAGUCCAUGUGCAUGUAUUGUGUAUAUAAACGUCUUUUCUUCUGUAGGGAGUGAGGUUUCCUUAAAAAAAUUUAAAAAAGAGAGAGAUGUAUCUGUUUAAUUUCAGCCUUUAGUUGUAUGCAAAUUUGUAUGGAGAAAAAAAAAACACCUUACUAUGUUCAUAUUUAUGUAUUGCAUUUAAUCCUUUUACCUGGCAUUAAAGAAAAAAAGUAUUGUAAAUAAAAAUAUACAGAGAGAAAA